AUGAUACCAUUAACAAGUGAUUUUAUAGUGAAACAACGAUCAUCAUCAUCAAUAAUUACAAUCAAUGAUAUUGAUGAAUUAUGCCGGCAAAUAUUAUUGAAUGAAAAAUGUUUACGAAAUUAUGCUGAAAAUUGUAUGAAAUCAGAAGCCCGUCAAACAUUAUCAGUAAUGUUAUAUUCAGUAUCCAGAUUGAAUCGUAAAAUAUGUUCGAAACAAAAACGUAAACAAACAACAUUAACAAUGAUGAAAAAGAAUCCAGAAUUUUAUCAAAAUAUUUUAUUAAAAAAUCUAACCGAAACAUUGUAUCGGAUUUCGAUGGAAAAACGACAGAAAUUGAAAUUUCCAAUGAUUUGUUGCAAUAGUUAUCGAAUGAAAGAAUCAAUGAUCGGUGAAAUGAUGAGGAAUUGUCCAAAUAAUCGGCAAGCACAAAAUGAAUUAAAUAUUUGGAUCGAUAGUUAUAGUGGUGAUUUAUUUAAUCUAAUUUGUGGUGAUUAUACAGAAGAUUCGGAUAAAUGUCAAACAUUACCAUCGAUACAAUCGAUAUCAACAACGGUGAUGGACAACAACAAAAAAUUAAAAUGGAAAAGUUUUAUUAUGGUUUUGGUUGAUUUAUUA